GUUAUGGUCACGUGAUCACAGUCUCCGCCAUCAUGGAGCUACAAUUUCUAACUGGGCGUCGAACCUGUUUACUGUUUGUCACCGUAGUCUGAGCUGUAAGACCUGUUCUGUAUCGCUCCUACACAGGAUUAGGUUCGUCCUUCCUGCUAUAAAAAGGUCUGAACCAUACAGUACGUUUGUAGAAUGGUGGGUGAGUGUCGAAUCCCAGGCCACAUCACUGGUCUGUAUAUUUUUGCAGUCCUCAACCUUAUGGUCAUGUUCCAUAGCCUUGUGAAUGCUGAAGUGAGUGUGAUUGAUAUGAAGACCAACCAAACUAUUUCAAGUUUUGCUGACCGUCAGGCUGACUUUGGAUCUGACUUUCCAGAUGAAGGAUUGAUUGGACAUCUGUUUUAUGUGAUACCACGCGAGGCAUGUGGCAAGGAUGUGAGUCCUCCUCCAAAAGAUAGAAAUUAUCUCUGGAUUGCCCUUAUAGCUCGAGGAGGCUGCGAAUUUGCUGAAAAGGUACUUAAUGUACAGGAAAAGACAUACUCAGCUGCUAUUAUACAUAAUUUUCAAGGAAAUGAUACAUUGGAUGAUAUGACCAGUGAUCCGAAAUAUGGGACUCGAGUCCAGAUCCCCUCAGUUUUUAUUGGCUACCAUGAUGCCAUGCACCUGUAUUCCAACUAUAGCUAUAAUUUCACCAGAACUGUUCUUAUCAGGAUCAAGGAAAAUUAUGACUAUGACUUUCGUGCCUACCUAUGGCCUUUUGCAGUUGUUGUGGGAACUUGUUUUGCAUUAAUGGCAAUCUUUAUGUUAUUGCGCUGGGCCAGAGACAUGCGUCGCCGCAGUCGUUCUCGGCUGUCAGCAAAACAUUUGAAGAAGAUACCUGUUAAGAAAUAUAAGAAGGGUGAUCAUUAUGAUGUUUGUGCCAUCUGCCUUGAGGACUAUGAGGAAGGGGAGAAGCUCAGGGUGCUACCCUGCGGUCACACCUUCCAUUGCAAAUGUGUUGACCCUUGGCUGACCAAGCGAAAAAAGACGUGCCCCUGCUGCAAGCGCCGUGUUAUUCCUGGUCGUGACAGAGAAGAGUCUGGGAGUGAGUCGGAGAAUGAAAAUGAUGGUGAUUCACCUGGGGAGACUACUCCUUUGCUAGCAGGUGGAAGUGGCCAGCCUAGCACAUCUGGUGGAUCUACCUUUGAACAUUCAGCUCCUCCAGUGCUGGUCCACACAGAGGUGAUUAGUGAAACCCAAGAUGAGGCUCAGGACAGCUCUCUGGAAUCUUUGGAUGGUGCAGGAGCUUUAGAGGAUGUGUCUUCAGAAGAGGCUGUUACGGACAGCCAGCCCACAGUUGCUGAAGUUGACUCUGGCAGCAAGAUGGAUGCUUCCUGUGAGAGAGUGCAGCUGGCCAGGGCAGAGGGGUCUAUCAAUGCUGGAUUUUCUUCCAGUGAAGAUGAUACAUCAGUGAAGGAGAAGGGCAGGAAGAAGCGUAACAGUAACCAAGUAGUUUAAGGUGAUCUUCACAAAAUUUGUGGUUGAUAAGUUGUCACCACAUUGAAAAGAAAUUUCCUUUAAAUGUGGGAGUCUAAUAAAGUGGAGAUGGUGUUGAUUAAUGGGGUGUGAAUAGAGAAAUUACUCCUGUUAGAAAAGUAUAGUUAAGUCCCCCCGCCCCUUCCCAAAGUUUUGUGAUAUUUCACUAAGGUAGGAGGAGUGUAAGUCUUGUGCCAAUCUUGUAAAUUAUAUAGAGCAUUGAACAUAGUCUGCAUUUUAAGAAUUUUUAUGCUGUGUGUGUUUUUUUAUGUAUGUGUGGGAGGUGGGGUGGAGUGGGGUGAGUGAGAGAAAAAAAAUGAUAAUAAAAAUAGAUGAUUUUUUUUUAUUGAGCACCUUAUCCCACAAACAGGUGGAUUCAAGGCACUUACAUAAAGUUGCAUGAGCACACAUCAGUAAGCAUCAAAUACCUCUUACAAGUUGAUUCUUCAUCAUUUGUAAUUACUUGGUUUUUCUCUCUCUCACUGGCUCAGUGUUAAACACCAAUUCUGUUCGCUCCCACCAGUCACAGGUGUGUGUGUGAAUGGUGCGUGUACAUGCGCUGCAUAUGUGUGUGCAUUUUUGAGGGGUGAUGGGGAAGACCACAUGAGUGUGUUCCUUUUGCAAAUGUCUGUGUAUGUGUGUAGUUACAUGAUACCAACUGAUGUAUUUGGGAAAAUACAGUGUUGCUUUGAAAGGCAAGAGAUAUAAAAUGUUUAUAAGGAACAUGCUAUUUCCAGUUUAUAGUGCUACAAAAGGGUUGGUUAUUGUUUAUCUGAUUUUUAGUCAGUGCAAACACAAAAAAGCUUGGCACUGAUGAGCUUAAAGCACUUAUUUUACAGUGUGUCAUGUGCAUCAAACUGCUUUGGAAACCAUUUGUUACUUUAGUUGACUAACGUGAUUGUGAGAACUUAAUGGUGUCCUGUAUGUUGAAAAGUGCACUUUGGGUGACUUAUUCUGUCCUUGUUUUUGAAGAGAGUCUAAUUCCUGCAUUUUAUUUGUGUACCUCUUUGUACUUGUAUUUUGUCUUUGUGAAACGUUCAGAGAAGGUAAAUGCUGUGUGUUUUCUCCUUCAUCCCUCACAUUAUUUUGAAUUCAAAAGUUGCUCUAGUGAGCAAACUGGGGUGUUUUCAUAACAGUAUUUCAACCGAGUGUUUGGCACAGAUGACGAAGAGAAAGGUCCUGUGGAUUUGAAUGCAAGUGUGAGCAUGAAUGUGUGUUCCCAUCCCCCAACUGGUACCAGUCAAGGAACAAGGGACUGAUGAAUGGGAGGACAUAUGAAAUAUAAACUGAAUUACUGUUUGUUGAACUGAACUUUUUUUUGAAUGAAAAAUAAUUGAUUAUAAGGUAUUAUUAGGAUAUCAAUGUUGUUGCCCCGGUUAUGUACAGCUGUAUGAUACAGUGCAAAACUGUACUGCAUUAGAAGCAUGGAAAAAGUUUUUGUGAGCAUAUUUGUCCAGAUUAAGGUGUUUUGCCAAUAAAAGGAGGAUUAAUUCAGGAAAGUGUUUUUCAGGGCACUAAAUAAUAGAUUUACACAUUUUGCCUAGAACUGCUGCACCUCCCAUGGCUGUCACUUGUGCUCUAGUAUUCUGUUGGUUUUUUUUUUUUGUGGACUGUUUGGAAAAGGGCAUUCUUUAAGAAAAGAAGUGAUAAUGGUUGACCCUGUGAUUCUGUAUUGCUGAUGAAGUCAGCCAAAUGGCUUGCUAUGUUCAGUUCUGCUGAAAACCAAAACAGGGUUAGGCCUUGCAGAGAUUUUUAUUUUGCUACUUAGUGUGUCUCUUCAGUGUAUGUGCAUAUGUAUGCUUGAACCGAGUAUUGUAUUUCUUUGUUGAUUCUGUGACGCAGAGAUAAGAUACUAAUGUAUUUGAGUGUUUGGUAGAGUUCGUGUUCAUUCCUACGCCUCUAUUUUACUUCCCAUGAAUUCUUGCUCCAGUUAUGGCAUGUAGUGUUUGGGUCUUUUAAAUUUAUCUGCAUGUCAUCUUAAUGCUUUGCAAUUUCUGAGUCUCGAUUUUAUUUCCAAGCAUGUCUGAGGCUUGGGAUAAGCAUAUAAAUGUUUCUAAAGCGGCAUUGUGUAAUUUAAGAUUUGCCCAACCAUUCCUCUCCUUUUGUGAUGUGAUGUUUAAAAAAAAACAUUCUGUGUAGAUUAAGUACGACACCUUAUAUUUUUUAUGCCAGUUUGAUUAUGAUGAAUUAGUUUUCUUUCAAACUGCAUUUACUCGAGAUUUUUGUGGCAUUAAAUGCUAUUAAUUGGCCAUAAAAUUAAUUGUACAGCGGUAGAAGUUUUAAUGCAUUUUUUUUCACAGGAGUUUCACAUUGUUAACACUCUGUCACCAACUAAAUGGUUGUGGAACUGUGUAAUGAUUUGUGUAUGGUAAUUUAAGCGUGUCCUUAAAAAUACCGAACAUUAUUACCUCUGAGGGCUCAUUAACAUUCAGCAUUUUUAUGCAGAUAUUCAUUUUCAGAUGGGAAGCCUUCACUGAAGAUGUUAUUCAGUGAAUUUCUUGUUUAACGUAGUCUUAUUUCUUCAUUCUAUAUAUGACACCAUUCUUAAAUGUUUGUAGAUCUUGCAGCAUAAGCAUUUUUUUGGGUUGGAUUCAUUUUUGAUUCUGAUAUGAAUCCUACAUUUCUUGUCUUCCUUGUCAGGCAUGGAAACAAAUGUUGCUUGUGAGUGAUGCACUCUCUUUCUCAUCCACACUACACCCACAUUCCCUCUCUCCCCACACAUUAAUUUCAUUAAACCGCACUCAUAGUUUCUUGAUGUUUGGAAACAAAGGGUGUCUGAACCUAUGAAUCAUUCUCUCUCCUAUGUUAGUCAAAAUUGACCAUGAUCAUUGAUUUGAAGGGGCUUUAGUUAAAUCAGCUUUGCACUCGUUUUUGAUUUUUUUCCCACUUUUUAUUUUGGCCUAUGUGUAAGCAAAUGUCUUAAGUAGGUGUAUUUGAUAUAAAUGUAGUUGCAUUUGAAAUAGAUGUAGUUGCAUGUAAAAAUGGCUUAGUUAUGUUAAGCAGGAUUUUUUUAAAGAAAAAGCCUGCUGACAGACAUAGGGUGCAAGGUAUUGUAAAAGAUUUUGUUGUUAUUUAAACUAGGAUAUAGAACUGUGAAUCUUAUUCUUUGUUUCCUGUUGUCUAAGUGUCAAAAGAUUCUACUUAAGGGAUAACACCAUUAUUUUAUGUGUCUUGUACAUUUUAUUACCAUAGAAUCUCACUAAAAUUAAGGGGGAUAAAAGGCUGCCAUGCACAGAAUGAGAAAGUAUAAUUUGAAGUUACUUGCAGAUGUUCUCUUUUAGACAUUAAGACUUAACUGAAUUUUUAGGUGUAAGUAUUUGAGACAUUUUAAUUAAAGAUAUUUUAAUUGAUUGACUGAACUCUGUAGAUUGUUUUUUAAAACAAGACAAAUUUUGUUUAUUUUUGUAUGACUGAGCAUCAUGUCACAGAGUACUGUAUUGGAUAUGCCUAGUUUUAGCACUAGUUAUCAAAAUACAUUCCUUCACUUCUCAACCUUAAGACACUUUGCUUUUGUUUGUGCUGCCUGUGAUGCAUAUUCACAUUAAAACUCUUGAGUUGUACUUUUUAUUGCACGAACUGUUCAUCAACAAACCUAGAUUUUUUAAAAAGGCUGCAUGAUCCUUAAUCUGGGAUUUUGUGCUUUUGUGUGAUGUAAGUGAAGCAAGUAUUUCAUCUCAUCUUUCUUUGUUUUGUUUCUCUAGUGUCAGAAGUAGCAGUUGAAGCUUAUCUUUAAAACUGCUCAGUAAUCAGAUAGGAUCCAGUGGUUACCUCUGUCUCUAAAAAUAUUUUGUUUGCACAUUUUAUGCACCUUUUUUUCUGUAUUGUUGUGAUAGUUCUGUUGAUAACAGAAGGAAUUUAAAGAAAAUUUUAGUUCUUUUUAUUUCUUAAUGUAAAUUGUGUUUGAGAGAGCAAGAGAGAGGAGAAAAUGGGAAUAUUGUACAAUUGAGUAUAAUUGAUAAUGUUUAUUUUGUACAAGCAGAUUAAAUACAAUAUUUCUGGCCCUGUCUUGAUGGUAUUAUUAUGAACAGUGGCAUCAAAACAGGCCUGUCAUGAUGCAUUACAACUGGUGCCAGGAUCUUUACUGUGGUGUUGGCUAUUGUAAAAAAUCUUUUAAAGAAUUUGCUAUUAGAAAUUGAAUGUUUUGCCCCAUAUUUCCAUGACCGAUAGUUCCAGCAACAUAAUUCUUAUUUUUUUCCUGUAGUCCAAGGUGAUGAAGUUCUUGUUCUUCAGUGAUCUACACCAAAAGAUUAUUACAGAAUAAUCCAUAAACAUGUACAGUCUUCCAUUAUAGCUGGAUUUCACUAGAAUCACUCGUUGUGAAGUGAUAGUUUGAAUAAGCAAUAUGAAUAUUAUAUUGUGGCUUGUAUUCUAUUCAUCACUAUUUGUCUACUAAGAAGGAUUUUCAUUUUCAACGAAAUCAUGCAGAAUCUUUCAAAAAUUCACAGACUUAUGUAAGAUCAAAAUUAUCUAGAAACUACAAAAAUAUAAGGUGGGUGGCAUGAUCACAAAAACUCCUUUGAACAGUUCACCUGCAUGUGUAGUAAGUGCUUUUGUGAUCUUUGUGCUUGUGAAACAUCAGGAUUAAUUACCUACUGUAGAUAAUGGUAACUGUAAGUUCCCUAUAUCAAUGUUGUGUAAAUUUUCGGCAUUCUCAGUUCAUGAAAUUCCCACAUACGUUGGUUGAAAAUCAAGAUUCUGUUAUAUCUUUACAGUUUAUUUUUUAAUGUUUGUAGGAAUGCUAGUUUUUGGUUUGUAACAUUUUAGGGUUUAAGAUGAACCCGAAAGCCCAGAUAGCUGUCACAAAACAAUUUGUUGGAUUUGCCUGACAGGGUCACUUUGAAAGUGCUACAAAUUUUUAAUAAAACACUGACAUGCUCCUGUAACCAUGAAACCGUAAAGUGCCGUUUUGUUAAAGUCAUGCAUGUCAAUAAAAGUUUUAUGAGUAACAUUAA